UCGUGAAGUAGGAAAAUUUGUGACGUGCUCUAACCCACAUCCUUUCGCGUGAAAUGUCCGAGAUUCUGUAAUAUUUCGCAUCCUGACGGCGUCCCGAGAAGCCCGCGUAACUUUGCUCACGAUCGCGUCCUGCCCACCUUCCCAUCGAAUCGUUCGGCGUGAGAAAUAAUGCAAAAGCGUAAAGGCGAACGCAAAGCACGAUAAUCCAGGAUUAUAGAUAAAAGUGAAUAAUUAAAGGAGGUCUAGUGGCGUCAAUAUGAGUAAUCCUUACCGAGGACAUCAAUACAAACCAAGAGAUCAUGCUUCGGCAUCGAGUUAUAGAAUGUUUUCUCAAAAUCAAUGUGGACCUGCAAUACCUACAGUUCAAGGAGAUUUGCAAUCGAGCGCUACGUUUCAACACUUAUCACCUGUGGUGAAUCAACAGCAGCAACAACCACAGCACCUACAACAACAGUGUUAUAACGAUCCUUGGGAUUGGGGAUCGGAUGCUCAGAAUAAUGGCAAUGAUUCUUGGAACUGGAGUGUGGAUCAACAAUCUGAUCCAAAGCAGCAGCAGCAGCAACAACAGCAGCAACAAAAGCAUCCACAGCAGCAGCAGCAGCAGCAACAACAACAGCAACCGCAAACAUUCCUACCACCGUAUUCGAGUCAUAGUCAGGUCCCAUCAAAUUCUAUUCAAGAGAAUUAUUACAAAAAUCAAAAUGGGAACAACAGACCACCUGUAAUUACACAACAUUCUUCAUCGGGUAGAAGCACACCAAAAAUACAUGCAAGUGGAGAACCGAUCUCAAAUCAUGCAGGGCCAUAUAAUAGAUAUACUAAUUAUUCUUUUAAUCCGCAAUAUUCUGCACCUCCAAGGCCAAAUUCAGCAAAAUCGACAUCUGAAUCUAACGACCGGUCUCAAUGGUCUAACGACCAGCAAUCCCAAAAUAUACAUGUGCAACAAAAAUCUGCCGUUCAUGAACAGAAUACCAGAACUCCACCACUGUCAGAGAUGAAUAGUUAUAAUUGGAGUAACGAUAAGCAAAGUGUUCACCCUGGCCAACAGGAUUGGCAAAAUCAUUUGGAUAGCACUACGAGUGGAUAUCGACAUACAGUGAAUGCAAAUUUGGGGCAAGAAGGACAAAAUGAGGAUAACUUGAUACACCAAGGAAUGAAUCAAGUUCCCUCUCAGUAUCAAAUUCCACUCUCUUAUAUGUCUAGAAGCGAUUCUAUGAAUAAUGAUGUUUCAACGUGGUCAAAUAGUGGACAGCAGGAAUGUAAUGUACCAAAUUACUGGUCAAAUCAGAGUAUGGUUACUUCAAAUCAGUGGCCCAAUCAACAAGGAGACAACUUUUUGGUUAAUCAAUCUCAAGUUUAUCAGUCUGGUAGUAAUGAGAGUACAUGGGAUCCAUCGAAAGAUCCAAAUAUAUCACAGAAAUGGCCACAGAGCAAUUUAUCCAGUGCUUCAAGAGUAGAUCAGUGGAUGCAACAAAAAAUAGAAUCCAACGAUGCAUUAACGAGUAAUAUAUUGCACGAAGAUAUUUCCAACAAAGUCGUUACAAGUGAUUGGCAACAGAUCAAGCCUCCCUCUUCUCAUUUUACUUCUUCCACGUCAACAACUUCUGGUUCAGCCUCGACCAAAUCCAAUAGUAUAGAACGACAAGAUAGCACAGGGCAGGACGAACCGAGUAAACUCGUUUACGCUCAAAUGACAAACGAACCUUUGGAUGACGGUAAAACCAUUGAAGAUACUCUUAAAGAUUCCAUUGACUGUGAUGCUCAUUUUGCAAUGAAAUCUCAAAUGAAUGCAGUUUCCAGUAAUUUGGAAAACGUCCUUCAGAAUGCGGAGGAUAAGUGGAACGUAACUAGAGAUUGGGGUACUGUCCCUGCGAGUGAAUUAUCCAAUGUAUUUGGUCAACUAAAUAUUGGCCAUAAAUUGGAAACAAAUGUCGAAGGUCCGGUACCCAAUUUUGAAGAGCACAUUGCAAGUCAACACCCUGCUUCAUCAGAAUGGAGUUCUCAACUAACUUCAGAUUCUGAAAUUAUUUCCGACAACUUUACAUCUGAAAAUAUAUCCACGAUACCAUCUGGCCAUGCAAGUGGUUCAGAUCAUACCAGUUUGGUCGAAAGUCAACCACCAGUUAUUCAAGAGCGUGUGUUACCAGAAGCUACACAUCAACCCAAUGCUAGUAACAUUAUGGAUAAUACUUCACGAGGUGGAUAUGAUCAAUGGUACAACCAAAAUGUUCAUAAACAGCCUGGAAACGAGUGGCGUGUAAACGAACAAGUUCAGCCAAUGAAGCAAUGGUCGCCAGAGCAAGAUGUCGAAAAUUCAGAGAAUAUUCAACAAUCGUCAGAUUUUAUUAAUUUGGAGACAGUAACUGCUGGCUCACAAGCACAUGACGUGUAUCAAUCAAAUGAUUCUGUUAAUCGGGAAGACAUAAAUAAGGAGGGUAAGUCCACAGGAAGCGUGAUAAAAGAAGGGACAAGUUCUAACGAUAUUCAACAAGAAACAAAUGAAAUAGAAAUAUCUUCGACACAACCUGUUCAAUCUGUACCAGCCCAACCUCAUCAAGUAGAGCAAACGUCCGACAGUUACGAAUUUUCCUCAAACGACAGAAAUACAUUUUUGGAGACAGGAGAAUUAACGGACUCUCAUCAGGAGCAUGAACUAACUCCUCCGAAUCAAGAUGACGAGAACGAUGAGGUUCCUAAUGAUAUCCCUUUUUUACGUGAAGUACCUGGACAGUCAAGCUCUGCAGAUCCUAGAAGGAAUGAUCCUACAGGACAGGAACAGUAUGUUCUCAACACAUCACGUGUCUCUGAUCCACGAAGGAAUGAUCCAUCGGGUCAGGAACAAAAUACCCAAAAUAGAAAUGUACCUGAUAGAGCAGACCGACGAGAUGUCCCUCCAGGCCAAGAAAGAAAUAUUUCUUUGGCUUCACGAGGGGAUUCGGAUACAUUAGAGCGUAGGAAUGAUCCUUCUGGUAGAGAAAGAUCUUUGCCUCCUCAACAGUCCCGUAACGAUCCGUCCGGUGAGGAACGUAUCUUGUCUAUACCACAAGUUAGUCUACAACCAAGUGAAACGCGCGAAGUUCCUGGAAGAGGAAACGAACCAGAGGAAAUCGUGCAACAAGUAGAUAGUGAAGUUAGGCAGAUUCCAGGUGGCGCAUCUCCUAGCGAUGUUGAGCAAAUGACGGAUGACUGGUUUCCUAGUGGUUCUCAGGAAGUUAUGCCGCCAGUUUCUUUAUCGACGAUACAAGAUCAACCUACUGAUGUAAGAAACAAAAGGGCGCAAGCUGUAGGUGCAUCGAUGGGUGAAGGUCAGCCAAUUACAGCGACACCAAAUCGUAGAGAUUCUUACGAAGAUGGAGACGAUGAAGGAUCUGGCAAUAGCAGAGAAGAAAGUAGAGACAGACGGAGAGAUGCGAGUCCUGAGAGGCGACACUAUGAUUAUGAUAGAAAAGGAUCAUACUAUGAUCGUGAGAGAGAAUAUGACGAUGAUUACUAUUACGAUCGGCGACGUGGAGCAGAUUACGACAGAGCCUAUAAUUCUCGUGAGGAUUUGGAUCGCCGAGAGCCUUAUAGAGAUGAUGAUAGAAGACAUCCAAGCAGAGAUGAUCUGGAUAGACACGGGAGGGAUGACAUCGAUCGAAGGGGAAGAAUUAAAGACGAUUUGGAAAAACGCGAUAGCAGAAGAAGAGUGGAUGAGCGUAGAAGAGUUGAUGAUACAAGGCGCAGAGAACCCAGAGAGUUUGAUCCCCGAUUUCCUAGAGACAGGGAGUACCCUGAUCGCGAUCGCGAUAGAAGGAGAGACGAUAGACGAGGACGAAGGUAUAAUGAUUUCGAAUCUAGAGAUCAAUACAGAAGAGAAUACUACGAUGAUCCUUACGGUCGAAGUUCCAGACCAUCGAGUCGAUCGUCUUAUAACGACAGAGAUAGAGACUAUUACAUGCGAAAUAGGGACCCUUAUUAUGGUUACAAUGGUUACGGUGGUUACGAUUAUGGUGCAAAUUACUAUGCGUAUCUCGAAAAUUUGCGAAGAACUGAUCCUGCUGCGUACGCCGAGUGGUACCAUAAAUACUAUUCCAGUCAACAACAGCAUCAGCAGCAAAUACCGAGAGGGGUAGCCAGUUUUCCAGAGGACAGAGCCAGUGUCCAUUCAGGACGUAGUUCUUGUGACGAAAGGACUACGGGUGAUAAGCGGGCCUUGGGUGAUACUUCCUUGUUGGAGGACUCGAGAACUGCAUCAGCCCGGAUGACGCCGACUAAAUUCUCAACUUCUCAUGUAUACGGGUCAUUUUCAAUUGGUUCCUUACUACACGUGCACGCAAGUUACCCAGCUGAUGGGGAGAGGGCAAAAGUGGACAUUCUCCGCGUGGAGAAUCUGUUACUGCAUGAUCCUGUUGCACGUGAGCUGCGAGCCUACCCUGGACCUCUAAUUAAGCAAGUGGGAGUUACGCACAAGAAGACGAUAAUUGAAUAUUGCGAAGCAAAGAUUAGUAAGGCAGCGGCCAAUGAAGAAAUGGACGAUCGUGCGUCUUAUAUACUUCUUUAUCAGUUGAUGAUUAUGUUGAUUCAACAGAACGGAAACGUAGUUGGUGUAGAUAUAGCGUCUCUCCUGCUAAGGAAUAAAGAUGCAUACCCUUAUGAGUUGAACAAGCAUGUGUCAAGAAGGGAAUCGGUAAUGUCUCAGCGAACUGGUGGUACUGGCACUGAUGGAAAUUUGAAUGAUACCACUCAAACAUUUGAAAAAAGUGAGGAUGUAAAGCGAAGGAAAACCGUUGAACGGGUAACUGAUGAAUUCAGAAAUACGCUGCUCUGCGGAUUAGUUCAAGAAGCAUUGGAGUUUGCAAUGAAUGAAGGAUUGUGGGGUCAUGCUCUUUUCCUGGCAAGCAAAUUGGAUAAACGCACCCAUGCCUCGGUCAUGACGCGCUUUGCCAAUAGCUUACCGGCACAAGAUCCUUUACAAACAUUGUAUCAACUUCAUUCUGGACGUGUACCAUCCAGUGUCACCUGCGUUUCUGAUCCUAAGUGGGAUGACUGGAGACCUCACUUAGCUAUGAUCAUUUCAAACACUUCUGCUAAUCCAGAAAUUAAUCGAAAGUCUAUUACGACUUUGGGAGACACGCUUGCAACCAGAGGGAACAUACAUGCCGCACAUUUCUGUUACAUCUUGUCGCAAAUUGAUUUUUGUUCAUACAACACUACUUCUGGCAAACUGGUUCUAAUAGGCUCGAAUCAUCAUAAACCCUACGCGGAAUUCGUUACCACUGAGGCAAUCAUGUUAACUGAAAUAUACGAAUAUGCCCGCAAUCUUAGCGAGCCGGGCUUUAGUUUGGUGGAGCUUCAAACCUUCAAGUUCGAAUUGGCAGUGAAGAUGAUUGAUUACGGUCUGAUGGAGAAGGCUUUGUUGUACAUAGAGCAAAUAGCUGUGAACAUCAGCAAUUCACCCUCCAAGUACAAGAAAUCCUUCAUAGAAGAGGUGUACACCCUUGGCGAUAGAAUCAAAUAUCAAGAUCCAGUCUUUAAAGACUCUGAAGAAGACCCAGCGAACCUUGCUUGGCUUGACAAUCUUGCCGAGAUUGUCUGUAAAUGCCAGGCUGGGGAAAUAAUUCAAGACGAUGCUCGGAGUCACGUAACAACGGACUUGCAUACUGCAGUGCAAGGUCAAGACCGCAAUGAAUUUCAACAACAACAUCAAAAAUGGAUCACUGCACAACCGGAUUAUUCCGAAGGAUCAGUUUCUUUGAUGGAAGUCCCUCCGGUGGAUUCCCAGUCAGACUGGCAACCCAUGUCUUUGCCAACCAACCCUCAGGAUCCAUACACUAUGAACACGCCGAGCACACAAUUUGCAGGUAGUGGCAUAGAGACCAAUCAUUAUCAACAACAAUCGCAGCCGCAGCAAAGUUAUUGGGAACCACCGCCGUACCAUCAGCAAGAGUACACGACCCAAGAGUAUUCAUCUAACGAAUGGCAGCAACAAUCAUCUGCACAGUAUCAGUCCGAGCAACCGGAUUUGGAUAACGCCCAAGAUCCUGGCAACUGGAAUUACGAGCCCCAACCGACCAUUUCCAUGGCGCCGUCCUCCUCCAAGCAGUAUGACCCUCUGGAGGAACUGGAUGCCUUGGAAACUCCGAACCAGCAAUCGAAAUCGGGAACGGACAACAAAAAACUCCAGGAAAAGUCAACCGAGAAGAAGACCUCCGCCGGCGCAGGAGGAUCCUGGUUUGGAGGACUUUUCAGCAAGCUUGCCCCAAAACCGAAGAAUCAAAUGAUUUUGCCCGAUGACAAUAAUCCUACGAUUGUUUGGGAUCCUGUUGCCAAGAGGUGGAUGAACAAGGACGAGGAUUCAGAGGGUAACUCGACGUUACUAGCGCCUCCUCCGAAAGCUUCCGACAUGGGAUUUAAUCCACCAGUAAUGGAACUACAGAAACCUUCAUCGACAAUGCAACCUGCAGGACCAAAUGAAGAGUCAAAAACUACGAACAGUUCAAAGCUGCUUACCGGCAGUAAUAAUAUGUUCAAAAUGCCAAAAGGUCGAAGUAUGCGUGCCAAUUACAUAGACGUAAUGAAUCCGAAUACUGGGAAGAGUAGCGGACCGUCUGCUAAUUUGGUGACUCCAGCUACGUCCUCUUUGAUGCCUAUGGCUGCUUCGUCGCCCCAACUCUUUGUCCCCACUCCGGUAAAUGAUCCAAGUGCUCCAGUGGACUUUAUAACGACUACAUCAAGUGUGACGUCUACAGAAAGUGGACCGCAAGGGCUCUCUCGAUGGAGCUCGACCAGCUCACUAUCGCGAGAAGUGCAGAGCUACACGAUGAGAGAUCCGCGCCUCCUCCAUCGGGAAAAGGGACCAAUGAUGUUUAAUCCGUCGGACAUGAAAGAUCGAUCAAUGAAGAAUCCACAGCGCAGCAGAUACCCACCACGGUAAAGCAGAUAUGGUUCCUGCAGAUAAAGCUACCUUAAAUCAGUGCUUCGAAAGAUGUGCAUUGGACUUGUUAAUGUCUCUGUGAGGCAUUCUUCGCAACAGCUGUAGGUUUCUGUAAAGAUUUCAGGGCUGUAGAAUUUAUUGUAAGACAGUAGGAAAGUAUCACUGCCGCUUGGCAUCUAGGACAAUUUAUAAUUUUGAUCGCAAGUCGAUCAGUUUGUAUUCUACUUAUGAUCUAUGAUUAUAUUCAGAAUGGAAUCACUGGUAAGACAUUUUUCAAAGCAGAUUAAUUAGGAACAUCAACGUGGAAUGCUAUGGUGCAAAGAACAUUGGGUCAUUGAACUUUUGUACAUCAUUCUUGUAAGAUGAUGCAUUCACGAGUACUGAGCGGUAAUAUGUAAACGUUCCAUUUCCAGGUAUGUAGAUAGAGGUGGUAUAGCCAUGGGAUCUUGUUACCGUUGGUGUUAAUUCUUAACGGACUUUAUACUGUCGGGAUGUUUUUCAAGACAUUUUAUUGUAUAAAUACGGCUUUCUAUACACGACGUUCGAUUGGGUCAUUACAAAUGUUUUGUGUUUUUACAUGAAUUCUCUUGAAAUCUUGUUACAAUCAUAAAGGAUGUUUGCAUCAUAAUCUAUGAGGUGAAUAUCUGCACUAUUUUUUUUUGCAGUAGAACGUUCACGGUACCAUAUAUAAAUAAAAUAAUUGUAGUUAGGAUUUAAUUACUCAAUCUCCAUUUGUUCAAAGGAUUAGAUCGUUCGGUAUGGAGUAAAGGUUAUAUAGUUAUCAACAUAAUCCUAAUUGUCGAUUGUUCUGUAACUGGACUUAAACGCUAAAUCCUUUGAUGAAAUGUUACUUGCGAGGGUCUAUCACUAAUAAGACUAGCAAUGAUGUCAAUGGGAAUUUGUUAAUUAUGGCCUGAAGGUGUACGCUACGAUCUAAAGUCUGAUUUUAUAACCUGACAAAAGUUCGGUUAUUGCCACGAAGAUAAGAGUCGCUAAAACCCUAAUGUCAGAUUGGUCAUGGUUUCGUAAACUUUGAUCUUGGAUGAACCUGCUUAAGAAACUGUUGACAUUAUUUAUGCGAUGUGGAAUUUGAUCACAAUGGUGCAGGUCAAGAACUGCACCAUUUCGAUCAAACAGAUGUACAAACUGUCUGCUAGGAUCAAGUUUAUUCAAGCUUUGGAGAAUUGUGAAUGUUGAGAAAGUAGUUAAUGAUCUAACUUUCUUCUGUAUUUCAUGGGCAGUGAAAGACAUUUGAAGUGAAUCAGAAAUGGCCAACGUUGCCUGACUAUCUUAAGUUGCUUAAGACCUCUAAUAUAGUUUAAAGCUUCCAAGUCGUUACUUUAAGUUUUGCUCCGUGUUGCUAGAAUUUGUAUAGUUGUCUCAAAAACUUCUAUAUGUAUAUCAUAUGCAGGACUGCACUUUUUAAUUUUUGGGCUUGCCAUGAAGAUACCUUAGUUUUCUCAGGUUAAACUCUAUUUGUCUAUUACAUACUUUUGAACGAACAGCUAUAAAUCUUGUAAGCUAAAUGUGGAGUGAAACAGAAGAAAGUUAUUUGGGAAUCUUGUCCACUCUUUACUUACGUUUGUGAGACAUUCACAAGGUUAUCUAUUUAUAUUGUGAAUAAUAAUUAUUGUAAAUAAAUAGACGGUUCGUGGAAUUGAUUACCGAUCACUGAAUAUGUGUUUGGAUGAAGUUCAUGAAUAUCGAUGUCAAAGGGGAACACAUCUUGUAACGUUUUAAAUUAUGGCUUUCGAAACAUUCCUUACUAUACAGACAUAUGUUUAGUACCUUGGCUACGAUAUCUUUCCUAGAAAUGAUUGUCCAGCUCUGAUUUCUUUUCUGAGCUUUUGUGUCAUGCUGCUCUUGGGAUCGACAAGUCAUUCCUAGGUAAAAUGUAAUUUUAUAAAUUGUUGGCUACUGUUUUUAUUCAUCAGACAUGAAAAAUUAUUCUUCACAUGCUGUGUAUUAUUUGUAAUAUUAACUUAUAAUAUUGUUUAAUAGCAAGUAAACAUGCAAUUCAGGUAUAAUUUGUAAAACCCCUUAAUAUGUUAAAUUCGUUACAUCGGGUAAUGGAUAAAAGUACUUUCUGUGUGUUGCAUUCGUGUGGAUUAGAUAGCAAUACAACUGUGCAAAUAUAAUUGUAAUUCCUUUCAACCAAAUUAACUGUGAAUCUGUCAACAAUUCCACUUGUCAAAUUUAAUGUCCAUACUUCUUUCGAAUUUUUAUUUGUUGUAAGGUCUCGUCUAUUAUUCACAAUAAUGUAUCUCUAGAAAUCGGCCUUAAGCGUAACAUUAUUAUUAUAUAUAUAUACAUAAAUGUAUUAUUAAAACAGUGAUGGGUAAAUAGAAAUAUACUUUAUUCAUAGUUU